CAUCAAACAACAAAAUCACCAUCAUCGUCAUCGUCGUCAUCAUCAUCAACAACAACAAAAAAAGCCAAAAUAAAAGUCACAAAGACAACCUUGUAAGAAAUUUUAACCUUUGUAGGAAACAAAUGAACUCUCCCCUGCAACGCAUGCCACAAAUUAGAUUUAGAGGGCUAAUCAUUUAUUUCAUCAUAACCAUGACUUUACUUUACAUUUCAUACUCAAAUCUCCUGUUCAGCAAGAAAGACCGGAAAUCCUCGGAUAUAACUAUUGUCUCCAACAAAAUUGAAGCGCCACCCUUUAACCAUUCCUCCAACACCACCUCUUCCCAUGUCCAAAACCCAGCAGACCAAAAGCGACCAAACCUUGUUGAACCACCUCCUAGGAGAUACCUACGAUACGAUACUCAUCUCAAACACAUUGCCUUCGGGAUAGCAUCGUCUUCGAAUUUGUGGGAGAUCAGAAAAGAGUACAUUAAAACAUGGUGGAGGCCCAAAGAGACAAGAGGGGUGGUUUGGUUGGAUAAGAAAGUGGUAGCCAAGAAAGGUGAACGCCUACCAGAGAUUCGGGUAUCCGAGGAUACUUCUCAGUUUAAGUACUUAAACAAGGUAGGAUCUAGAUCGGCUUUGAGGAUCACAAGGGUGGUUUCCGAGACACUCAAGCUUGGGAUGACGGAUAUUAGGUGGUUCGUGAUGGGGGAUGAUGACACGAUUUUUAUUGUUGAAAACUUGGUACGGGUGCUCUCUAAAUAUGAUCAUACGCAGUAUUAUUACAUUGGGAGUGCAUCAGAGAGUCAUAUUCAGAACAUAUUGUUUUCAUAUUCCAUGGCAUAUGGAGGGGGUGGAUUUGCAAUAAGCUAUCCACUGGCAAAAGAACUGUCCAAGAUGCAGGACCAAUGCAUCCACCGAUACCCAGCAUUAUAUGGCAGUGAUGACAGGAUUCAGGCUUGCAUGGCUGAGCUUGGAGUGCCCCUUACCAGGGAGCUUGGCUUCCAUCAGUAUGAUGUGGUCGGAGACAUAUUAGGCCUCUUGGGAGCCCAUCCAGUGACUCCUUUGGUAUCACUUCACCACCUAGAUGUAGUGAAUCCUAUAUACCCGGGCAUGAAACGAGCCAAAGCUCUUGCACACAUGCUUGAAGCUGCCAAUGAGGACUCCGCGAGCUUAAUGCAACAAUCCAUCUGCUAUGAUUCAAAGCGAUACUGGUCGAUCACGGUGUCGUGGGGCUACGCGGUUCAAAUCUUGAGGGGAGUGAUGUCUCCCAGAGAGCUUGAGAUGCCGAGUAGAACAUUUUUUAGCUGGCACAAGCGAGCUGAUUACACUGCUUAUGCAUUUAACACUAGGCCUGUUGAAAGGCACCCUUGCCAAAGACCCUUUGUUUUCUACAUGUACAAGACUAAGACUGAACCUGAAACGAACCAAACAGUUGGCCUCUACUAUCGUCAUAGAACGCGCAGCCGAUAUUGCCGAUGGAAAAUGGCCUCACCAGAGGAACUCGAUUUUGUCGUAGUCAUAAAACAGCGAGAUGAAGAUCGAUGGCUCAAGGCGCCAAGGAGGGAUUGUUGCAGAGCUUUUCCAAAAAUUAAAAACAACACAAUGAUUUUAUAUGUGGGAAAUUGCAAAGACGGUGAGAUUAGUGAAUUUCAACCCAACAAGUUAUUGUGAUACUGUUAGGUCUUCUUUUUUAAUGAUUUUUAUCUUCUUUAAUUUUCUGUAUUUUUUUUAACCAUGGCCAAAUUAGGCAUACAACAAUCAGGAAUAAGAUAAUGCUAUGGUAUACUAAUCAGUGAAAUGAGCCAUACAUGAUUCAUGUUUUUUUUUUUCUCCCUUCAUGGUGUCUACAUAUGUAAUUUCAUACAAACAAAUGAACAGUUAUAUUCCAUGCUUUC